AUGGACCACCUUAGUGACGGGCUGCCCUUUGCCGGUAAAGUCGACCAAGGGACCCUAUCAGUGUCACAGCAGGAUGUGGGCCGAAGCUAUGCUGGUCGUGCUGUACUCGCCCAGCGCCUUUCGACCAGAAAACUGUUGUCUUCUUCGGCUCGACUUCUAGGUGUGACCUUUGCCUCUUUGGCAGUGGUUCACUUCAUUUUGCACUGCUUUCACCUGAGAAACUCUACACCAGCUGUUGUCCCGCCGGGUAGGGGACUAGCAGCUGGCAGCCGCAAUCCCUGUGCUUCGGGGUAUGUUCCUGACGAUGAAGCUGAAGGCGACCCAAGGGCUGACGAGACCAGACGUCAGCAGCAACUCAUGCAACGAGAUAGCGCCCCACCGUUUCACAUCCGUGUAGUAAGCGAUGCUCAAGGGAAACAGGGAAAAGACCUGCCCGUAGAGGCUGCAGUUCGAGACGACGACCCUGGAGAAGGAACCAGUUCGCAGUUUUUAUCACAGGAAGCCGAGGCGGCAAACAACAGACCAUGGGAAGAGGACGGUUUGCCCGACGAUAUUAGGGAAAAGGCUGUGGAUCUUUUUCAGCGGAUGAUAGAAGUUUCACUGUUGUGCAAAAACCUAUUGCCGAUGUUAGGUAAUGGCCAGCGCUUGCGAAUCACGUACAAUUUGGUGAGGCUGUUCGCAUUGGACAUUGGCGCAGUUUUUUGGGUCAACAGGGAAUUAGAGCCUAUAAGAGCCAGCGUGGGUAACUCGCUCAAUCACUUGAUUAAAUUUGCUCUUCAGCGUAGCGGCAAGGACCCCAAGCAGGAAGAUCGUCGCAUGGCACUUCGCCGCAUGAUGGAGUUGAUUACUGAACUCAAAAUGCCUCAUUCUCUCUACAACGCAUGUGAUGUUCCUGUGUAUUUGAAAAAGGUGAAUGAAGUCCUGCAAACCGCCGCUCUUACAACUAAACUUUGUUUCGGCGUUCUGAACGGGCUCCUACAGAUGAAGCAAGAAUCCUACGCGAAACUGCCACAACGAGUGGUAGAUCAGCAAGCAACUGUCCUACAAGCAAUGUACCAUUCUCAUUCUGAGCAAGUCUCCAGAGACUACAUGCUUAGACGGGUUAUUUUAGAGUGCCAGAAACGCAGGGGAGUAACUUUCCUCCUUACGCGUCACCACUACCAGACAUCCAAGGCUGCGAUUCCUGCGGUAGAGGCCUUGCUUCAAUCAAUUCUUGAUGCUGUCAGAAGCGCUGGCGGUCUCCUGCAGCAGCAGUAUAAUCCGGCCCCACCCGAACGUCCCGACGAUGCUUCCGCAAUAUACCAGAUGCAGUUGGAACUGCAGCGAGAGUUACUUAAAUCCCGUGCUUCCGAAUCGCAGAAUCAGCCUGAAUCUCUACCACAGGACGAAGCUGACGUCGACGGCUAUGCAGCCCCACCAGCAGCGGUAUGCUCACCGUGGGGAACUGUCCAAAUGCCCCCGAAUGAUUUUGGACUGGGCUUGCUGCAGCCAGCGAAACCUGCCACCAGCCUUGGUUAUCAGAUCCCACAAACAAGUCAGCCGCCUCCUUCUGAGCGCGCGAUCGGCUCUUCGGCUUCCCGGAAACACCCAUUGCAAGACGUUAUUGACGCCCUCAGCGCAAAGCGUGCGUCGCCAACUUUUCCCCCGGCAGCCUUUCUGAGUGUGCCAUUUGUAGCACCUAGUCAAACUAGAACUUCUGCCUCGGCGCAAAAAGGCAAUACAUCCUCGGGCCACAGAGCUCGACUUCGCGCAAGGUCCUCUGCUCAACAGUUUCGGAGUGAUUUAGUCACCACACCUACGGUGCCAGGUCUAGUCCCACCUGCACCUCAGCCGUUUGCCACCUACAGCCUUUUUGGAAGCGGUGGCGUCCCGUCCUGGUUACCCUCUUCACUAUUUCCAACCGCUUCGGCUCCCAUCCCUGCGCCUCUAGCCUUUGAUUGCACAUUCGGCCAAGGCUUCGCUUACCCCAGCAACAACAUGAUGGAUGCUUUUGGUGGAACAGAAAGCAAUAACCAAGAUGAUUAUGAAAAUCAAGAGUAA